CAAGGGACACAAAUGCUAGUAACACCGGCAGGUUAGCAAGCAGGCUGCCAGCAAGCGAGAAGGACACGAGAGGAAAACGGUUAUUGUCAACCCCAGAUAUUAUCCAUCUAAAUUAACGGAAACUGCACAACACGCUGGUGUGUGAUCACUAAUAUUAAGGAAGUCUCGAGGUUCUGCUCGCCUAAGAUAUCCCCUCAACCUCUACCGGCCAGCUCUUCAGCCACAAGCAAACUGACUGACUGAUAGAAACAAAUACAGUUUGAAAAACGAACAAAGAGCUGACAAGCAACGUGUCUCCAUUAAUAGACUGAGAGAAAGAAACACACAACAGAUGUCCUGAUUGGCUCAAACCUUCAGACAGACGGGCAGUUGUAUUGUGAAACACGUCAACACAGAGAAAUCAAAUGGCUGACAAGCAGAUCAGUUUGCCUGCCAAGUUGAUAAACGGUGGAAUAGCAGGGCUGAUUGGUGUGAGCUGUGUGUUUCCCAUUGACUUGGCCAAGACCCGCCUGCAGAACCAGCAAAAUGGAUCACGCCUCUACACCAGCAUGUCUGACUGUCUUAUCAAGACCAUCCGCUCAGAGGGAUACUUCGGGAUGUACAGAGGGUCUGCGGUGAACCUAACCCUGGUCACGCCAGAGAAAGCCAUCAAGCUAGCAGCAAAUGACUUCUUCAGACAAUACCUCUCCAAGGAUGGUCAGAAGCUCACCCUGGUCAAGGAGAUGCUGGCGGGGUGUGGGGCAGGUACAUGUCAGGUUAUCGUCACGACUCCCAUGGAGAUGUUGAAGAUUCAGCUUCAAGAUGCUGGGAGAAUUGAGGCCCAGAGGAAGCUGAUGCCAGAGACAAUAGUACCAGGGACUGUGCCGACAAAGUCCCCCACCGCCAUGCAGCUGACCAGGGAACUACUGAAAGAGAAGGGCAUCGCUGGGCUGUACAAGGGCCUAGGGGCCACACUGCUCAGGGAUGUUCCAUUCUCCAUCAUCUACUUCCCUCUGUUUGCCAACCUGAACACCCUGGGGAAGAGAGGAGCGGAGGGCCCCGCCCCUUUCUACGUGUCAUUCCUGGCAGGCUGUCUGGCUGGCAGCACGGCCGCCGUGGCUGUCAACCCUGUAGAUGUGAUUAAGACCAGGAUCCAGUCUAUGAACAGGGGGAGUACAGAGGAAACCUACAGUGGGGUGACUGAUUGUAUCAGUAAAAUAAUGAAGAACGAGGGUCCUUCAGCAUUCCUGAAGGGGGCGUACUGCCGUGCCCUGGUCAUCGCGCCCUUAUUUGGUAUCGCCCAGGUGGUCUACUUCUUCGGCGCGGGAGAAUACAUCCUCAGCUUCCUGCCUGGCAACUAAGUGACAAGAACAUCAACCAUUCAGAUCUCUGCCUUUCCCUCCUCCCUUACAAAAUCACAAGUACAUCAUGCACGGACCAUACACCUUUAGGAUCCAGUCACCACUAGGAUCCAGUCACCUCUAGGAUCCAGUCCACUCUAGGAUCCAGUCACCUCUAGGAUCCAGUCACCGCUAGGAUCCAGUCACCUCUAGGAUCCAGUCCCCACAACUCUCUGCCUCUCUUUCCUUCACAACUACAUCGAUAGGAUCCAGGAGAUCACCUGUCAUCACUAAAAUAAGGUUUUGAUCACAUCCAUCAAUUUGGGGUUUCUUUAUUUGACCCUCUAGAGGUGAACAAGUUGCGUGUCGCCUCUUUCGGUGUCCCUAUCGUGUUGAAUGUAAUGUUAUGGUUGUGAGCACACUAACAGGAACACUAGGACGUUGAUUUGCCAAACUGUCUAACGUCGGCAACACAAGAGUCCAGUGGAAUUGAAGCCACAAAUAUCACGUUCUUAAACGACGUUUGAUUUUUGUUUGUUUUUUAAUAAUAAUUUUCGUUUUUUAAAAUGUGGCCGUGGUUACAGGGUAGUCCUUUUGUCUGAAUAGGGUGCUGCAGUUGUUACAAGCAGCUAUAUCGGUAGUUAGUCAUCUCUGUCAGUACAGCCAUAGCAGCAGAAUGGUCACAUGAUGACGUCUGUUGCCUAUUCAUCACGUUUAACGUUUAACAACAUAUCUUGUAAUAAUAUAAGUAGUACAACAUCGUUGAUCCAAAUGAAGAAGGAUUUAAUGAGACACAAGAUCAGUUAGAGAGAUUACGAAGCACCCUGUACACUCGUGGGAAUUAUGUGGAUAGGGCUAAAUUCAAAUGUUUAUUUUUAUUUUUACAGAAGAAAAAUGAAAAGUAUUUGCAUAAAGAUGGUAGCAAUUCAAAGGGAACAGUUUAGAGAUAAUCAAAUGAUCAGCCCGAAGGUGAGGACACAACAGUUCACCCGACACAAGACUGAAUCCCAAAACAUUAACUCUGUUGAUUUGAUGUAUAUUUGACAUGUAAUGUACUUUUCACAGCAUUUGUUGAUAAGGACGUGUGAAAAUACUCUGGACACAUUCAGUAACAUGAUCAGAUUAUUCCUGGGAAAUGUGGGGUGGAAACAACAUAAGACAGAACAAUGACAAAGGGUUUGAGUGAGAGGACUAACCGGUGUCUAUCCUAUACAGAACAUCGGUCUCAAUCCACUCCCUACUCACUACCUCUCUCUACUCCC